UUGAGCUCAUUGGCUUAAAUUGUUGUCUGUCGAUGAACUGUUGCCGGAAGUCGAAGCGAACUAAAGCGAGCAUGGGGCUCAAUACAUAACGAGAGUCAAACUGGACAUGAAAAUUUCAAAAUGUCAAGACAAAACCUAAUGUUAGUCAUCUGUCUGAUAUAUUUAAGCAACAUAGUAAUGAUCCACAACAGCUCAUCUCAGCCAAGACAACUUAUGAUGACUAAUUUUGCGGAGAUUUUAAACUCUGGAAAGACGUGGCUCGUAUACUUUGGUAAUAAAGUCAAUGCACCAAUCGAGUUGUUUCUUAAAGAGUUUGACAUGUCGGCAGAAGUCUUGGAAGAUUAUGGCAUUUUGACUGCUAAGGUGAAUUGUACAAAACAGAAUAUCACAAAAUACUGCACGAGUGAACAUGUAUUGAAUAAAGUACAUUUAUUUAGAGCUGGGCAGAUAUUACAAACCUUUGUAACUGAUACAGUUUUUGAUGUGAAUGCCAUUGUGGCUCAUGUUCUCUUUGCUGUUCUCUUCAAUGAAGUAAAGUAUGUGCAAACACCUGGAGAGCUACAGAGCCUUACAAAGGCAGCAAAAGGCAGGACAGAUGUGGUUUUUGCCCAUGUACAGGCCCUAGGAAUUCCAGAGCAUAGGGCUGUGAUGGAAGCUGCAUUUGUUUAUGGAACUCGCUACCAGUUUGUGUUGAGCACCGGAGGGAGUGUCCUUAAGUUUUUGGGAGUCAAGGAACCAAGAAAGAUGACUGCUGGACUCUGGUUUCUGCACUGUAAGAUGGUACCAAAGAAAUCUGAAUCUUGUCGUUCUACCACACUAAGGAAAUUAAUGACUUCUCUGAAUGUCUAUAUUUUUCUUAAACUCAUGGACAUGCCACUUGUGAUGGAAGUAUCCAUGGAUCCUGAUGAAGUUGUCAAAGCUCACCAGCCCCUUCACUUUCCUUUGCUCUUUCUCUUUACUCACAGAGAAACACUUCAACUAGAUAGGAAUCUGGCUGAAUCAGUAGCCUGGAAGCUCAGAGGGGAUGCUUUAGUUGUGUUGGUAAACAGGGAUGAGUCAAAAAGAAGACUCCCUGAAGAUCAUAAUGCCGCCUUCAUUCUUCCAGGUGAGGUGUUACCUGUCAAGUAUUUAACACUAAAGAAUGCUGAAGAAGCAAUAUACCUUUUUGAAGAAAAUGAGACUGCAGUCUUGGAAGAUGAGACAAAAGAUUAUUCAUCGGUUUUAGAUAUUUUGGAUGAUGAAGUGGCAGAAUCAGUGUACAGAGAAAGGAGCAUAAAUCUGGAAUCUUAUGUUCCAAACUUAACAGCUCAGAAUUUCACCGAUGCCAUUUCAGAAGGCCGUCACACGGUGGUGCUGUUUUACAACACAUGGGAUGCUGUGUCCAUGGCUUUUAUGCAGUCUUACUUUGAAACUGCUCUUCUGUUACGAGAUGCAACAGAUGUAACUCUUGCCUGCAUAAAUUGUGCAGAUUGGACAGAAGUGUGCAUGAGUCAGAACGCAACUCAGUUUCCUGUGGUGAUACUUUACAGCUUCUCUGAGAUGCCACAACAAUAUUGUGGCAUGUUGGGCACUGAAAGCCUUUAUCGCUUUAUAAGACUAAGAAGAAUUCCAUCGCCACUAAUUCUGACUACAGAGAACGAUGUGGAAUCGUUUCUCAGUGGAGAAAUUCGUCAAUCAUUUGCAGCUUACAGCUCAUUAGCAGUCUUGGGUUUGUUCAAUUCCAGUGAAAAACAAGGCUGCUCUGCUUUUCAAGAAGCAAGUCAAGCUCUGAAAGGAGAGAUUGUAAUGGGUCUUUACUGUAUACCAGAUAAUAUUGACUGGUCCUUAAAGCAUACUGGAUUGCUUCCUGUCAUGCUUUUUUCCAGAAGUCCUGAUUUCAGCCCUGAAGUAUUUUACCUUAAAGAAACAAAUCCACAGGCCAUUAUUUCAGCAAUUCGCCAGGCUACAUUCAACAAGCUUGUGGAGUUAACCUUGUUGAAUCUUCCAAGUUACCUGCAAUGCAAAAAACCUCUGUUAAUUUUAUUUGUUAAUGAUGAGGAGAAGAGAAAUGGCAAAACUGCUAAAGAUGAGUUGAGUGACUUGCAGAAUACUGGAUUUUUGGACCAGUUUGUGGCUUGCUGGUUACAUCUUGAUCGCACCCCUGUGGGUAGAGCAGUGCUUGAGUUCCACUUGGGUUUCUUGCCACAGCUUCCUGUUUUGAUUCUUAUACAAAUCAACUCUGGGUCUGAGGUGUUUGUGUUUCCUGCAGAGUACUCCCUGCUGGCCAGCGAAAUACAGAACUGGCUGCACAGAGUCCAGAAUGGGGAUGAGGAGCCUGUAGGAGAGUUACAAGAUGAAAACUGGGGUCCAACAACACCUCUUUUUGAUUUUCUAGCUUUAAUGGAUGAGGCAGUCCCAGGUUUUGCAGCUCAGAAAAUAUCCAAAUCUCAGCAGUUAAAAUCAAAAACAGAGAGAGAGAAGGUAGAAAAAGACAAAGAAGAGAAUAUAAAACUUGAUUUGUCAAGUGGACAGCCUGUGCAACCACCAGAACUAUUGGAAAAAGAUGAGAAGAUUCUAAAACGUACGUCUAGUGAUUCAGAACACAAGAGACAAGUAUUUCAUGGGAAAUCUUUACAUGGAGGUUCUCAACCCUUGGGCAAACAAAAGCAACACUCUGAACUUUAAUUUGGAGCUCAGCAUCUGUUGUAAUUCCUGCACGAAGCAUUUUGAAAUCAUUCUCCAUUAAUGGACCCCACUUGAAUGUAGUCAGAGGCAUAACCAGGGAUUUUAAGAUGAGAUGAAAAAGUAUAUGAAUCAUAGUUCACUGUAUGGUCAAUCAGAUGGAACUGUCAUAAAAUGUAUUUUGUUUAUGGUUCAAAUCCAAAAUGCCCUCUCCUAGGUCCCCACAUGGAUGCCAUUCACUCUCAUCUAGCUCUCCUUUUCUGGCUUUUAAAGAGAGCUUCAUAUAGAAUGUCAGUGUGUAUCUUGGCAAUGCUAAUAUCAAAAGUGGCAGCAAGAGCAUUUUCAGGUGCUACAUAUAGAAAAACAUAGACACUACUUAAUAAAGCCUAAACACACAAAAGUAUUUGAUGUACUUCAAGUGGAAAAAAAUCACAUAGGAAGAAUAAGUGAGAUAUGUGUGCUGGCAGAUACUCUUGAGAUUGUCCUAAACUGUUACUUCAAAUUUACUGUACUUGCUUUCCCCUAAAACUUUUUUAAAUAUGUUUUUCCUUUAGGAGCAUUUGUUUGCUUUUAACAGAGCAUAUGGCUUCACUUUAAUUCAAAUGCAAUUAUCUGUGCACACUGAACAAGCUUCAAACCCAUUCCCAUUUUAGCCUGAGAACAUCUUGAUUUCAACACCAAACAAAAAUAAAAAAUACCUCAAAACACCUAAAUGACUUAACUUAAUCAAUCCAAUACUUUGUUGUUAUGCACAUCUGUUUUUGAGGUAAGGUAACGCACUGUUUAUGGUGCUGGAGAGUAGUGAUGUGUUGCAUGUUGAUUAGUUCACACAAGUAAGAAUUUCAUCGUACUCUGUACAUGAGACAAUAGUGACCCCAUAAAAGUACUGUAUAUUAACAAAGACAAUCUUGUGAUGUUGAUGCUUCAAUUCUUGAGGCCAUUACAUUUUUCUGAUUGUGUUUCAGUUAAUAACUUUAUCCACUGAGAUUAAGAUCUGUCGUCUUAACUAAGACAUGUACUUUAGUUGGGAUCCUUUAUUUGUCUUUGAAGCAACUUUCAUUGCUGAAAGCUGGAGUUCCUGCUGUGUAGAAAUAAAUCUUUCCCAGCUGUUGCCACAAGAUGGAACUGCAAACAGUUAUCUGACUAAGAUUUUACUUUUUUUAGGAAAAAAAACAUUUUAAUGUGCAAGCAAUUUAUAAAACACAUUUUCUUUUCAAAAUCGGCACUGAAUUGCCCUCUCCACAACUGGUUCCUGCAUUUGCCCAAUGCUGUUUGGAUUGCCAAUGGCAUCUGUUAUUCCAAGAGGAUUUCAUAAUGGAUGGAUGAAUGAACCUUUGAAAGUUUAUUGUUGAAACAUAUUACACAUAACAUUGACAAAGCCAAUAAGCAUCAUAGAGUUGAUUUUGUUAACAUAUAAAAUUUCCACAUGCCUAGGAGACCUCACAUCUGGAAAUGCUUAGGUUUUUAGUUUGUUCACACACUCAGAUUUACAAGAAGAAUUCAUUCAUUUCCUGAACAGCAGUAUUACAUGCAAAGUUUUUUGGUUCAUUGCAGUUGUAUUAAAAAUUACUUCGAAUGAGAUAAAUUUACUUAUGCAGAUAGUUUAUUUAUUUGUAUAUGUUUUACUUUACAAAUGUAUUAAACAUUCCCAUAGAGCAC